AAAAGGAGAGCCAUUUAUGUGUGUACGGUCACUGAGUGUGCACGAGAGGUCGUAGCAGUAAGCUGUUGCACGAGCUAUCCAUCUACCAGCUGGCGAGCGCCGGCCGUUCGCUUCCACAUGCUCGUGUCCUCUGCCGCGCGAUCGACGGGCUCGCCGUCGCCCGCCGCCAUGUCAGGCGAGCUCUCCACGCGCCCGUCGACCUCCUCGUCAGGCGCCUCCCCCUCGGGCCACGCGCGGAGGCCGGAACAUGGAGAGACGACGCCGACGACGGCGACGACGCGUGGUGGCGAGGUGGCCGCGUCGGCCUCCGACGCCAAGGGCCGGGUACUGCGGCGGCGGCGGCGGCGGCGGCGAGGGCUGCUCGGCGCCGCGUCGUGGGCGAGGAUUGACCCGCGGGCGAGGUGGGUGAGGGAGUGGAACCGCGCCUACCUGCUGGCCUGCGCGGCGGGGCUCGUGGUGGACCCGCUGUUCCUGUACGCCGUGUCGCUGAGCGGCCCGCUCAUGUGCGUCUUCCUCGACGGUUGGCUCGCCGCCGCGGUCACCGCGCUCCGCCUCAUGGUGGACGCCAUGCACGCCUGGAACAUCGUGACGCAGCUCCGCGUCGCGCCCGCCGGGCGGAAGCCGGCGGCCGCCGCCGCCGUGGACGAGGAGCAGCCUGAGCCUGAGGCCGCGGCGGCGGCGCCGGCGCCGGCGGCAGACGCGGACGCCACUAGCAAGCUCCGGGACCGCGGGAGGUGCAGGAAAGGAUUGGUGCUCGACUUCUUCGUCAUCCUCCCCGUGAUGCAGUUGGUGGUCUGGGUGGCGGCGCCGGCGAUGAUACGGGCGGGGUCGACGACGGCGGUGAUGACGGUGCUGCUGGUGUCGUUCCUGUUCGAGUACCUGCCCAAGAUCUACCACUCCGUCGUCUUCCUCCGCCGGAUGCAGAACCAGUCCGGCCACGUCUUCGGCACCAUCUGGUGGGGCAUCGCCCUCAACCUCAUGGCCUACUUCGUCGCCGCUCAUGCAGUGGGGGCGUGCUGGUACUUGCUGGGGGUCCAGAGGGCCACCAAGUGCCUGAAGGAGCAGUGCGUGCGCGCCGGGCCGCCGGCGUGCGCGUCGCCGACGGCGGUGGCCUGCGCCAGCCCGCUCUACUACGGCGGCGCCGUGGCGUCCGUCGGCGGCGACAGGCUCGCCUGGGGCAAGAACGGUCAGGCCAGGAGUACGUGCCUCGGCGGCGGCGACAGCUACCAGUACGGCGCGUACAAGUGGACCGUGAUGCUCGUCGCCAACCCCAGCCGCCUCGAGAAGAUGCUCCUCCCCAUCUUCUGGGGCCUCAUGACACUCAGCACGUUCGGGAAUCUGGAGAGCACGACGGAGUGGCUGGAGAUCGUGUUCAACAUCAUCACGAUCACGGGGGGGCUGAUCCUGGUGACCAUGCUGAUCGGGAACAUCAAGGUGUUCCUGAACGCGACGACGUCGAAGAAGCAGGCGAUGCACACGCGGCUGCGGAGCCUGGAGUGGUGGAUGAAGCGGAAGGAGGUGCCGCAGGGCUUCCGGCAGCGGGUGCGGCAGUUCGAGCGGCAGCGGUGGGCGGCGACGCGCGGCGUCGACGAGUGCCGGAUCGUCCGCGACCUCCCCGAGGGGCUCCGCCGCGACAUCAAGUACCACCUCUGCCUCGACCUCGUCCGCCAGGUCCCGCUCUUCCAGCACAUGGACGACCUCGUCCUCGAGAACAUCUGCGACCGCGUCAAGUCCCUCAUCUUCCCCAAGGGCGAGAUCAUCGUGAGAGAAGGGGAGCCGGUGCAGAGGAUGCUGUUCAUCGUGAGGGGGCACCUGCAGUGCAGCCAGGCGAUGAGGAACGGCGCGGCGAGCUGCUGCACGCUGGGGCCGGGCAACUUCAGCGGCGACGAGCUGCUGUCGUGGUGCAUGCGGCGGCCGUUCUCGGAGCGGCUGCCGGCGUCGUCGUCGACGCUGGCGACGGCGGAGAGCACGGAGGCGUUCGGGCUGGAGGCCGCCGACGUCAAGUACGUGACGCAGCACUUCCGGUACACGUUCACCAACGACAGGGUGCGGUGGAGCGCGCGGUACUACUCCCCCGGGUGGCGGACGUGGGCGGCCGUCGCCGUGCAGCUCGCGUGGCGGCGCUACAAGCACCGCAAGACGCUCGCGUCGCUCUCCUUCAUCCGCCCGCGCCGCCCGCUCUCGCGGUGCUCGUCACUCGGCGAGGAGAAGCUCCGGCUCUACACGGCCAUCCUCACCUCGCCCAAGCCCAACCAGGACGACGAUUUCUAGACGUUUCGCAUGCCUCUUUCACCUGGACCAUGGACGCGCGCUGCUCCUGCGUCACGAAAAAGCUUACGUUUCAUAAAUCAUCACGCUGUAUUUGUACAUAGCGAAACAGCAAGUUCGAUCAGCAACGGGAGAAAGCAAUGGAUCUUGCAUUCUCGUGUCAUAGACACGGCUCCCUAUAUCGGUUUCUGUAGUUAUUUCAGGGGCAUCGAUAUGAACGAAAAUUUGAAAAUUCAGGAUACUUCAGUCCAAAAGUUAUUUAAGAUUUAAACAAACUUUGGUUAAAUUUGAAUGUAAUUGCUAAAAUUCAGAAAAUUUCAAGCGAAAUAUUUCCCUAUA